AUGCCUGCUGACGGCGUCAAAACUCGAUCGAAGGCAAGUGAUAUGGCUAAUGUCGAAUUUCAGUCAUAUCUAUGUUCAGACGCAUUCAAGGAAGUUAUCUCCAAUGCUGUAAAAGAGGCUGUGGCCGCAGCCUUACCGUCAAUUAUUAAUCCUUUGGAAGAAAGAAUAGCUGCACUCGAAGCAAAAGCUGCAAAAGUCGACAUUCUGGAGAAGUCAAUUGCCCACCUAUUGAUCAAGUGCAAUGAUAACGAACAGUACUCUUGCUGUCAAAACGUACGUAUAUAUGGCUUUAUCGAAGAAGAGGGCGAAGAUUUAUUAAGAAGAUAA